UGGAGAGACCUCUAGCCGGCUGCAUGCACCCAACUGCAGAAAGCCAGAGGAAUAUGCAGGACUACAAGCACUGCCCCAGCCCGCCAGGAUCUGCUGAGAGCAGGGUGGCCCUUGGAUUGUAAACUACUUGAAUUGCAUUUUCUGCACUGAAGGUGCGAGGCGUCUGAUGGGAUCAGGGGCUCCUGCAGAGUCUUGGACAUUAUCUGGAGAUUAUUGAAAGUCUUCCUUCUGCAUCCAUAGUGGAUUUAUUUGCUGCACGUUGAAGGAGGUCCACCUGCUCUGUUCUUCUAGCAUUCACACUUUCUGGAGAUCCCAGUCAAAGGUUGGACUUGGCAUUUUUCUUGGCACAUCCACAAUUGCAGCUAGAAAAGAGCCGGCGGUGAGGACUGCGUAAAUGAAUGAACGCUCCUGAGGCUCACACACUAAUUAUCGCAGCCCUUGUGUGGCUAUGGAUCAGAGGCGGGUGACGGAGGUUUGAGGCUCAGAUUUGCCUCCGUACUGACUUCCUGAGAUGGUAUCUCCACAUCCAUGCAGCUCUUUGCUCACUGAAGAAUGAAAUGACUGCAAGUCAUGAGGACGCGUUUGAAGUGCCCAUCCAGUGCGCUCUGAUGCCUGCUGCUUCUCCCUGAGACAUUGCGCAUGCAGAGCAGGUGGCGGGGUCCUCAGGCUGCUCUCCACACUUCAUCUUGCUUUUUUAUUCUUGCAUUGGUCUUCAAAGGAGCUGAGACUGCAGCACAGCAGGCGAAAAGAAGAAGAAGCCCCAAGUUGAGGAGGACCAGAGCUGGAGACCCCCCCCCAUCUUCUUCAUCCAAACCGGUACCCCAAUUGCCUGUAUGUGUGUUGUGCACCUUUGCUGUAUCUCCUGCAGCUUUCAUUCCUGACAUUGAUCACUUUAAGGGGAGAAUAAGCGACAAUGUGGCGGUGCCUGUGCAGGGAGAUGGAUGUAUUUCACAUUUUGCUUUUGCUGGCCGUGUCUUGGACACGAACCCGAGCCUUGAUCAACUUGAAAUACACGGUGGAGGAGGAGCAGAGAGCUGGGACUCAGAUUGCCAACGUAGCUAAGGACGCUAAGGAUGCAGGCUUUGUGCUGGACCCCAGGCAGCCUGCCUUCAGAGUGGUGUCCAACUCAGCCCCCCACCUGGUGGACAUCAACCCCUCUGGAGUGUUGGUGACCAAGCAGAAGAUUGACAGGGACCUUCUCUGCAGGCAGAUGCCCAAAUGUGUCAUCUCGCUGGAGGUCAUGUCCAACUCCAUGGAAAUUUGUGUCAUUAAAAUCGAAAUCAAAGACCUCAAUGAUAAUGCCCCCAGCUUCCCCACUGACCAGAUAGACCUGGAGAUCUCAGAGACUGCCAGCCCUGGAACCAGAAUCCCUCUGGAGAGCGCCUAUGAUCCCGAUUCUGGUAACUUUGGGGUGCAAUCCUAUGAAAUCACACCCAAUGACCUGUUUGGUUUAGAGAUUAAGACCAGAGGGGAUGGGUCCAGGUUUGCUGAAUUGGUGGUGGAGAAAAAUCUGGACAGAGAGACUCAGUCGCAUUACAAAUACAUCAUUACAGCUCUGGAUGGGGGAGACCCCUCCAAUUUUGGCACGGUGGAGCUGAAUAUCAAAGUGAUAGAUUCCAAUGACAAUAACCCAGUGUUUGAGGAACCUUCCUAUACAGUCAACGUCCCCGAGAACGCUCCCCUCAAUUCCAUAGUCAUUGAUCUCAAUGCUACAGACCCCGAUGAAGGUACCAAUGGGGAAAUUGUGUAUUCCUUUAAUAGCUAUGUGUCUAACAAGACCAGGGAGCUCUUCAAAAUAGACCCCAAGACCGGGGUGAUCACGGUCAGUGGAGCCAUAGACUAUGAGGAAGGCCAUGUCUAUGAGAUUGACGUUCAAGCCAAGGAUCUGGGACCCAACUCCAUCCCUGCUCACUGCAAAGUGACUGUGAAUGUAUUGGAUGUAAAUGAUAAUGUGCCUGUCAUUAACUUGCUCUCGGUGAACAGUGAGGUGGUAGAAGUGAGCGAAAACGCCACCCCUGACUAUGUCAUAGCUCUGGUGAGGGUCUCGGACAGGGACUCGGGCAUCAAUGGAAGGGUUAUGUGUAAACUCUUGGGCAAUGUGCCCUUCAGGCUGCAGGAAUAUGAAAGCUUCUCCACAAUCUUGGUCCAUGGCAAGUUAGACAGGGAGCAGAGAGACCAGUACAAUUUAACCAUUCAGGCUAAGGAUGGUGGGAACCCCUCUCUUCAGUCCACCAAGUCCUUCACAGUGAGAAUCACAGAUGAGAAUGACAAUCACCCCCACUUCUCCAAAACCUUCUACCAAGUCAUCGUCUCAGAAAACAACACCCCAGGGGCCUACUUACUGUCGGUGUCAGCUAGAGACCCUGAUUUAGGAUUAAAUGGCAGUGUGUCCUAUCAGCUUAUACCUUCCCAAGUGAGAGACAUGCCAGUCUUCACCUAUGUGUCAAUCAACCCCACCACUGGAGACAUCUAUGCCCUGAGGUCAUUCAAUCACGAACAGACAAAGGCUUUUGAAUUUAAGAUUUCGGCAAAGGAUGGGGGGACCCCACCCCUCCAGAGUAAUGUCACUGUCAGGGUCAUAGUGGUGGAUGUGAAUGACAACACCCCGGUGAUCACUGCCCCCCCACUGGUCAAUGGCACCUCAGAGGUCUACAUCCCCAGGAAUGCAGGCAUGGGCUACCUGGUGACUGUGGUGAAGGCUGAUGAUUAUGAUGAGGGGGAGAAUGGCAGGAUCUCUUAUGAGAUCACAGAAGGUGACAGGGGCUUUUUUGAAAUCGAUCAGAUCAACGGGGAGAUCAGGACCACCAGGACAUUCGGCGAAAACUCAAAGACCACUUAUGAAUUGAUUGUAGCAGCUCAGGACCAUGGGAAACCUUCACUUUCUGCAUCUGCCUUGAUUUUAAUUUACCUGUCCCCGGCCCUGGAUGCUCAGGAGUCAAUAGGAUCUGUCAAUUUAUCCCUGAUUUUUAUCAUCGCCCUGGGAUCUAUCGCCGCCAUUCUCUUUGUCACCAUGAUCUUUGUGGCCGUGAAAUGCAAGAGGGACAACAAGGAGAUCAGGACCUACAACUGCAGAAUAGCCGAAUACUCCUAUGGACACCAGAAGAAAUCCAACAAGAAGAAGAAAAUCAGCAAGAACGACAUCCGACUGGUGCCCCGUGAUGUGGAGGAGACGGAUAAAAUGAACGUGGUGAGCUGUUCCUCCCUUACUUCAUCACUAAACUACUUUGACUACCACCAGCAGACCCUUCCACUUGGCUGCAGGCGUUCAGACAGCACCUUCAUCAAUGUGGACAACCAAAACUCAAGGAAUGCAGGGUCUAACCAUGUCUACCACCACACCUUCACCAACCAGAGUCCUCCUCAACCCGACCUCAUCAUCAACGGGAUGCCUCUUCCUGAGACUGAGAACUAUUCAUUCGAUACAAACUAUGUGAACAGCCGAGCACAUCUGAUUAAAAGCAGUUCAACCUUCAAGGACUUAGAGGGAAAUAGCCUCAAGGACAGCGGGCACGAGGAGAGUGACCAGACUGACAGUGAACAUGACGUCCAGCGGGGCUUGUACUGUGACACUGCUGUCAACGAUGUCCUCAACACCAGUGCCAAUUCAGUGGGGACUCAACAGACAGACCAAGAUCAGAAUGAAGGUUUCCACUGCAGAGAGGAAUGUCGAAUUCUUGGUCACUCCGAUAGAUGUUGGAUGCCCCGUGUCCCCAUCCCAAGUCGAGCCAAGUCCCCGGAGCAUGGAAGAAAUGUCAUUGCUUUGUCUAUAGAAGCAACUAAUGUGGACACUGAAGCUUUUGAGGACUGCAACACUAAAAGAACUUUUGCAACUUUUGGCAAAGAUGGAAAUGAGCAUACUACUGAUGACAGGGCUACCUUGAAAGCAAAAAGGACAGUGGACCUUCCCAUCUGCAGCCCCAAGGUAAACGGUGCCAUCCGUGAAGCAGGAAAUGGCUGCGAGGCCAUCAGCCCCAUCACUUCUCCUCUGCAUUUAAAGAGUCCUCUGCCAGCCAAACCGACAGCAACGUACAAUAUCAUGCAUUGCACUGGAAACCGUGAUGUGGAGCAGUUUGUAAGCAAUGGUCCAUCUCGACCUUCAGAAGCAGAGCCCAGGGGGGCAGACAGUGAAAACGUAUUGCAUGAGAUCAAUCCAUUGUUGCAAGAAUGUCGAGAAAAAGACUCAGUGGGUGUAAAGAGACUAAAAGACAUUGUCCUCUAAGUUUACUGUAUGGAAAACAAAAGAAUGACUUAAAAAAAAAUAAAAAAAACAACAAAAAAAGAAAAAAGAAAAAAAUUUAAAAAAAAUAUUACAGUUCGUUUUUAAUGGCUUACAAAUGGUUCACAAACUGCUGUAUUUAAAGCUUCCCUAAAUGUAUUGUUUAUAAUAAAGGCUAUUGUUAUGUGACAAUCCCAAACUAUUCAACAUGUGGCAGGGGUGUUCCAUCCAAGCAAGCAGCCUGAAUCGCAAAUUUUUUUAUUUAUUUUUCUCCUAUCUUCUUCUCGCUCUCAACACAGAAACCGUUAUGACCAUCCAUGUACAAAGUAUUAUGUAUGUAUUAAGUAUUUUGAAUUUAUAUAUUUUUCUAAACAUAUAUAUCAAAAUUAUAAUAUAAAUUAGCUUAUUUGUACAGAAUGGAGAAAAAAAAGCUGAAAAAAAAAUUAAGUUUCAGACAUUAAUUUCCAAAAAUGUGUCUCAAUUAAUAAUUUUGUUAUGGCCCGACCCUGCCUUGUGAGUGGUCAUACCUUCGAUGAGGAUAAUGAAUGAAUCCAUGAUAGGUUGCUGUGUUGCCCCGGACACCCCUGCAUUAAAAGCCCUUUUGCUGUUACAUGCUAUCUGUACUAUUACUGUAUUUGAUAUUAAAUUUUUUUUUUGUCCAGUGAUGGCAAAAGGCAUUCAAGUAAAAACGAAAGGAAAUUAAAAAAAAAUGAAAUUUGUAAUCUUUAUUUAUUUAUUAUAUUCUGUUCACUAAAAAACUGGAUUUUUUUUUUCUAUAUUUUACACUUAAUUUUUUUUGCCCCAGAUAAUUUCAUGAGCCGAUUUUUUUUUUUACUUUUUAUAUUAAUUCACCAUGCAAGGUUAUGACAGCGUUUGGGUAUUUAAAUACUAUUUAUCAAAAACGUGUGAGGUUUUGUGAAGAUAAGUUUUUAUAUUCAUGGAGAAUUUCAUUUUUACUUAAUUAUUCAUUUUCGGUGUCAAGUCCUAACCCUCAUUCAGAUGGUUUUUUUUUUUAAAUAUAUUUUCUCACAUUUAUUGCUUUAUUGAGUUUUUAUUUCCCAUAAUAGUUUUCAUCUCUAUUUUGUAUGUUCCAUCUCUAUUUAAAAUUAUUUUUGACAAGCUUAUGGGAUGAAAAUAUUUCUGAAAUGUUCUGAUAUAAGAGUCUGUUCUUUUUUUUUUUUGAGAAUUGUAUAAUAUAGAAGGGGUUUACAUAAUAUUCUGUUUGUAAAAUAGUCUUACAAGAUGUUACAACAAAAACACUAUAAUUCACUGACA